AUGAGAUUUAAACUUUUUAAAUCCUUUGCUGCUGGAGCCAUAUCUGGAACAUGUUCUACUGUUAUAUUCCAACCCUUGGAUUUAGUUAAGACUCGAUUACAGAAUACGAAUGUUGGGCCUAAAAUAUCUAAUGUACAAAAUGAAGGAGCAUUUUCAAUAGUUUUAAAUAUUCUUCAACAUGAAAAAUUAUCUGGAUUAUGGAGAGGAAUGACACCUUCUUUGGUUAGAUGUGUGCCAGGAGUAGGAAUUUAUUUUUCAACACUUCAUGAACUUAAAUCGAAAUGGAUUUCGCAUACUGGAAAUCUAUCAUUAAAUCCUUUAGAAGCCAUCAUAUUAGGAAUUUCUGCUAGAUCUGUUAGUGGAAUUUGUUUGAUGCCUUUUACUGUUAUAAAAACAAGAUAUGAAAGUGGAAUCUACACUUAUAAUGGAAUGUUAAGUGCAUUAAAUGUUAUUUAUAAAGGAGAAGGACUUAGGGGAUUGUGUAGAGGAUUAGUACCGACUUUAUUUAGAGAUGCACCAUUUUCUGGAUUGUAUUUAAUGUUUUACACUCAAACGAAACAAGCUUUACCUGAAAAGUGGCUUGAUGGAAAUACAGCCUCACCAUUGCAUUUUACUUGUGGUAUUAUAGCAGGGAUAUUAGCAUCUCUAGUCACUCAGCCGGCUGAUGUAAUUAAAACUAAAAUGCAACUUUAUCCAGGAGAAUUUAGCAGUGUUAAAUCUGUUAUAAUCUACUUGCAAAAGAGGGAUGGAGUGUCUGGAUAUUUCAAAGGCUUGGUACCGAGAAUGCUUAGGAGAACACUUAUGUCAGCUAUGGCAUGGACAAUUUACGAGAGGAUAACUCAAAAAUUUGGACUUAAAUAA